AUGCAGCGACUCCUGCGGCGCCUGCUUCCCGCUCUUUCCUCGGCGCGGCCGGCGGCGGGCUGUGCCCUGCGAGCCCGGCAAGCUGCGCCCCUGCUGCCGCGCUUCAUGGCGCUGCGGCCUGCGGCGGGAGCCGAGGGAGGCCAUGGCGCCGCGGAUCCCACUUGCGCAGCCGGCGCGACCCCGCAGUGCGAUGGGCUGGAGACUGUACAGCAGCAGAAGACCUCUGAAAAGAGUGAGGAGGAGGCAGCAGAGAGGAGGCAGCCCUGCCAUGCUGAGCUGGUGCAGUCUCUGAUGGCAGAAAUGCCAUUUGGUGACACAGACAUCGAGGAGGAACUCACUGUGCUUGCAAGCUCUGAAUGCAAUAUCCAAAAGAGAAAGAAGAGGACUGCUGGAAAAGAAACUGAAGAAGGUGCUGAGAGAGUGAAGAAAAAGAAGAGGCAGUCUCAGCCCAAUUACUUCAUUUCUCUUCCAAUUACCAACCCAGAGCUCACUGGCAGGAUCCAGGCUGUCCAAGAUGCCAUAACCCAGAAGGAUCCAAGGCUGUCCAAGGCCAUGGUUCGUGCAGGCUCCUUCCACGUCACCAUGCUGCUGAUGCACUUAGCCACUGAGGAAGAGAUUAACAUAGCAGUUGGUGCUCUUUCAGACAGCAAGGACUUUGUAGAAGAUCUCCUGAAGGGAAAGCCUCUGGAUUUGUCCUUUGAGGGGAUUGAUCACUUCAGGAAUGCAGUUGGAUUUGUGAAGCUGGCAGACAAUGAUCACACAGCUGUGCUGAAGGAAAUAGCAGAGACCCUGAAGAAGGUAUUUCAAGAGAAGGGCAUCGUGGCUGGGGAAGGAAGAGCUUUUAUCCCACACCUGACCUUCAUGAAGCUGUCCAAAUCAGCACAGCUCCAGAAGGAGGUGAAGAAGAUUGACUGCAGGCUGUAUGAGGAGUUCAAGAGCCUUUGCUUUGGAGAGGAGGUCCUGCACCGCCUGGAUCUUUGCUCCAUGCUUAAGAAAAAGCAGCCCAAUGGUUACUACUACUGUGAGUCCUCUAUAGUAUUGGGUGAGAAGGCUGCGGCGGAGCCGGACGAGGCGGAGCUGCUGAGCCUCAGCAAGCGGCUGGUGGAGAGCGCGGUGCUGAAGGCUGUGCAGCAGUACCUGGAGGAAACGCAGGGCAAGAGCAGGCAGCCUGACGGCAGCCCCGUGAGCGCCGAAGAGGCAGCGAGCGGCGGCAGGACUGAGGAGGGCACCGACAGCAGCAAGUGAGCGCCGA